AUGAUGAAAUAUCUGGCAAACAAAGUGGGCCACCAAGAUCCCGGAGCCGACUGUGGCAGCGAUAUUGAGCUAGAGCAGGAGCAAACGAGAGGAAAACCAGAAACUGUGGAACCAGAAGGCAGAAUGGACAAGUUGAUUCAACUUGUCUCAACUCUACAAGACAUAUUCUCUACUGUUGAUGCUGACAGUCAUGAGAUGCAGCUGCCGCAGAUUGUUGUUGUUGGAGAUCAGGUAACUUUUGGAAUAAGCUCUUUGAACUUUUAAACAGCUUGUAUUAUGUUGUUCAAUUAAUUCUGUGCUUUUAACUUCGAAAUCUGCUUUGAGAAGGAGCACAGAAUUAUUUGAACAACCUAAUAACAAAUUUUCAAUCAAGCUUAUCAAAUUCAUUUAGAGUGCUGGAAAGUCGUCGCUCCUUGAAAGAAUUGUUCAACAAGACUUUCUACCUCGUGGUACAGGUAUUGUUACCCGCCAACCUUUGAUCCUAGACCUUAUUUGUUGUCCGCCCAAUGAUCCGCGAAGAAAGAAGUUUGGUAUGGUUUACAAAGUUAAUUUGAUUUUAAUGUUAAUAUUGAUAUUGCUUUGAUGCUUAUAACAUUAUGAAUUUCAAUACUAGCUAAGUGUUUUUACAGUCUAAUAGGUUGUUCAAAUAAUUCUGAUCCCCUUAUCUCAAAAAUUUGCUUUAAGAGGGGCUUAGAAUUAUUUGGAAAAUCUAAUAAUUUCAACCUAAACCACACUUAACUUAACUAACCACUUGCAGGUAUGAAUAAAACAGAUGACUUUUCAACCUUCGAAGGUAUCGAUGAGGUUUUUACAAAUUUUGAAGAUGUUCGCAAUACUAUUCAAUACAUUACGGAAGAAACAUGUGGGAACAAUAAGGUAGACGUUCUUUCAAGAUUCCGUAGUAAAUAUUCAUUCAAAACUUUACAGUAAAUAUUUUUUCAAAUCUAUAAGAAAUGUUCUUCAUAUUUUUAUAGUAACCAUUCCGAAAGUAAUAAUUGAAUUACAGGGUGUUUCCACCAAACAAAUCCAUCUCCGUAUCUACUCGGCUCAUGUGAUCAACAUUUCACUGGUCGAUUUGCCGGGUCUAACUCGUGUCGCAGUCGGUGAUCAACCACAAGACAUCCCAGAACAAAUCCGAGGCAUGGUGGAGUCGUUCAUUUCGAAUGAGAACACUAUCAUAUUGGCUGUCACCCCGGCCAACGUCGACUUGGCCACGUCUGAGCCGCUGAAGUUAGCUAAACAAUUUGAUAGGAAUGGUAAGCAUUUUGAUGGUUGAAGUCAAUUUUUAUUUUUUUAUCACCAGCUACGAGUAUUUUUGUUUGUACAUAGUAAUAAAAUUUAAUGUUUUAUUCGUAGUCAAUAGUAAAAAUUCAACUGAAGCCUUUCAAAGUAAUAUAUUUACUUUCAGGAGACCGUACCAUCGCCGUUCUGACAAAACUAGACUUGAUGGAUAAAACUAGACUUGAUGGAUAA